CAUGAUGUCAUGGUUGGUUUCUAAACGCAACUCGUGUCAUGUCAAGUGUGUGACGGGUGGUCGGGCCGUGUUUGUCUUGUAUAUUUUUACUUGUUGAUUUUUCUAAUUAUAUUUGUUAAGUAUAACGCGGACUGGUGCGCGACAGGUUCCAGGAGAGCUAUGUUAUAGUGUGGCAAGUGGCAGCAGGUGGACGAGUCGCGGCUGCCGUGUCCAGAGCGCCGAAAGUUCAGAGUAGCUCGGGACGCUUGCGGUCGGGAUGGAGGACGAGGUGACGUUCCUGUUCCAGCUGGGUGUGCUGCGCGACGCCGUGGCCGCGCCUGCACACACGCUCACGCUCGCGCACCUCAAGGAGCUGGCCGUCAAGUUCGUGCACGAGAAGAUACCCGACAACGGGCUAAACCGGCUGAGCGAGCGCAUCCUGCUGUUCCGACACGACUACUGCUCGCCCAACGUAUUGCAGCUCAUCAACUCGGCCUCCGACGUGUCGGACGAGACGCUCGUCGAGAUCGUGCUCACCGCCAACCCUCUCCUAUGCGGCAGUGAGUCCGACGCCGCGCCCGCGCCGCUGCCGCACAUGCUGUCUGUCCACUCGUACAAGUCGCCCACCUUCUGCGACUUCUGCGGGGAGAUGCUCUUUGGAUUGGUGCGCCAGGGGCUGAAGUGUGAAGGUUGCGGUCUAAACUACCACAAGCGCUGCGCCGUGAAGGUCCCGUCCAACUGCCCCGCGGCGCGGCGCGGCUCGGCGGCGCCGCGCUCGCCCUCCCGCGCCUCCACCGCCUCGCACGCCUCGAACGCCACGCACGCCUCGCACGACGACUCGCUGCUGGGCAGCGCAAGCGGCAAGCGCAGUCGCUCCCCGUCCCGCAGCUCCGCCACGUGGGGGCUGUCACUAGGCAUACCACACACGUUCGCGGUGCACUCGUACACGCGGCCCACUGUGUGCCGGCACUGCAAGCGCCUGCUGCGCGGCCUCUUCAAGCAGGGCCUCCAGUGCCGUGACUGCCACUACAACGCGCACCGCAAGUGUUUGCCCCACGUGCCAAAAGACUGCGGUGGCGAGAUACGCGAUUCACAUGGCGAAUACCAGGACAGCAGCGGCGGAAGCGAACUGUCAGAAAGCGCACGACUUCCAGACGAGGAAUCAGACGAGGGCGGUUCCAACGAUGGAGCGUCCAACGAUAUCGACGACGAGGUGCAGGUCCGCCGGCGGCGCGGCUCGGCCGGCUCGGGCUCGGGCUCGGGCUCGGGGCCGCAGCGCGACUCGCUGCCCGAGCGCUCCGCGUCUCGCCCCAGCAGCUCGUCGUCGUCGCCCAGCGCCAACAUCCCUCUGAUGAGGAUCGUGCAGAGCGUCAAGCACGCCAAGAAGAGGACCGGACAGAGCAUCAAGGAGGGCUGGCUGGUUCACUUCACUAAUAAGGACAAACAGAUCAAACGGCAUUAUUGGCGACUGGACAGCAAGUCAAUAACACUGUUCCAAUCGGAUCAGGGCUCCAAAUACUACAAGGAGAUACCGCUCAAUGAGAUCUUAGCUGUCGACACCGCGCGGACACUGCACUCAGACGUGAUGCACUGCUUCGAGAUACGCACAGCCAACGUGGACUACAUGGUGGGCGUGGACCCCGUGGGCGCCGGCGCCGGCCACACCCUCCCUCCCCCCGAGUCCGGCGUGGGCGCCUACCUCGCGCGCUCCUGGGAGACCGCCGUGCGCCACGCGCUGCUGCCCGUCACCGCCGUCCGCCAGCACGACCCGGAAGCAUCGUCGUCGUCGGAGCCGGCCUCGCGCGGCGCGGAGAUGGCGCAGGUGUACCAGAUCCACCCGGACGAGGUGCUGGGCUCGGGGCAGUUCGGCAUCGUGUACGGCGGCCUGCACCGCCGCACGCAGCUACCCGUCGCCAUUAAGGUGAUAGACAAGCUUCGUUUCCCGACCAAGCAAGAAGCCCAGCUCAAGAACGAGGUCGCUAUCCUUCAGAACCUGUCCCACCCCGGCGUCGUCAACCUCGAGCGAAUGUUCGAGACGCCGGAGCGAAUAUUCGUCGUCAUGGAGAAGCUCAGGGGAGACAUGCUCGAGAUGAUCCUCAGUCAUGAAAAAGGACGACUUACGGAGAGAACCACCAAGUACUUGGUGGCACAGAUCCUGGUAGCCCUAAAGCAUCUCCACGCGAAAAACAUCGUUCACUGCGACUUGAAGCCAGAGAACGUUCUACUGUCGUCGGACGGCGACCUACCACAAGUGAAGCUGUGUGACUUCGGGUUCGCGAGGAUCAUCGGCGAGAAGUCCUUCCGGCGCUCCGUCGUCGGCACUCCGGCUUACCUCGCCCCCGAAGUCCUACGGAACAAGGGCUACAAUCGCUCCCUCGACAUGUGGUCGGUGGGCGUCAUCGUGUACGUGUCCCUCUCCGGCACCUUCCCCUUCAACGAGGACGAGGACAUCGGCGAGCAGAUACAGAACGCCGCCUUCAUGUACCCGCCUCAGCCGUGGCGGGAGAUCUCCGCCGAAGCGAUCGACCUGAUCAACAACCUGCUGCAAGUGAAGCAACGCAAGCGCCUCAGCGUGGACAAGUCGCUCGCGCACGCGUGGCUCCAGACGCAGCAGGCGUGGGAGGACCUGCGCGCGCUGGAGAGGAAGGUGGGGCGCCGCUACCUCACGCACCCCAGCGACGACGCGCGCUGGGGGGAGACCGACGCCGACACCGACGGCGACGGCGAGCAGUUACAGUUGGAUCCGUGACUCCAAGACAAAGCGAAGCCCGCAGAGCGGCCGCGGUCGCGCGGCUGCUUCGUGCGCCUGCGCUGGAGGAAGCUGCUCGUACGUGUGCGAGUGCGGUAAACACACACACACACACACACACACACAGUCACACGGGCGCACCUCCACACUCCACACACCCCGUUUAUACUACUUGAAGCGAACAUACGAAGGAUCGAAAGCUAAUAUGUGACGUUUUAAACCGGUACCACAUUGUCGCUUGUCGAUAAGGUUGAUUUCUAAUUGAAGCUAUAUGGAAACAGCGCCUUACUGACAAGCGACAAUAAGUACCUUUUUGGUUGAAAAUGGCACAUAUGCUGUUUAAACCCUUAAUAGCGUUACUCCGCGAGCUGAUUAUAACCAUAACGGAAUUUUUGCAAUGGAACUAACGUAUAAAUCUAAAAAAAAACGUUUUAGCCAUUGUUUUUACGGUUUUCGAGUUGGUCCCAAAAUAGCAAAAUUAAUUCAGUAUGACCUAAAUAUUAACGUCUGGGAGUAUGAUUAAGGGUUUAAAACACCUGUAUACUACGGUGGCAAGCAAACAAACAGAUCCCUUUAUUGAAACCUCGCUUAACACUUAGACAUACAUAAUUAACACUUAAGUAUGACAUCAAACCUGAGCUGCUGUCACGCGACCAUAUCAGUUAGAUUUUAUACGCUGUAGACACGUGUUUAAAGUUAAAACCAAUGACAGCAUUUUGACAUUCGUACCUUUUAAACAAACGUGCCCCAUGCAGUGUAUUUAUUUUGACUGUAUGUCAAAAAUACGAAUGUCAAAACAGGCUAUAUAGAGAUAUAUACCGAUGUAUAAUAUGUAUUUUAACUAAAUUAAUUUUGAAACAAGAUUUAUUUAAGCAAAUGAGUAGCUAAUUAUUUAUAUGAAAUUAGUACGCUUGCAUAGACAAGUGUACGAAAUAAAUAUUAACGUAUACGUAUAUGUACUCGUAUCGACUAGAUUACUUACUUCACUAUAAUGUCUAAUCUAAUAACAUAUUUUCUGGACAUUUUGAGGGCAAUGCAAGCGUACAAAAGAGUAUACGUUUUAUAUCUCAGCUAUAAAAAAUUGUUUUAAAAUUUAAUGUCGGUUGUCUUAACUGCAUUCCUAAUUAAGUAGAUGUUUUUAUUUAAACAAUAUGAUUAACCGUUUCGUUUUACCGUGUAUUUUAUUUAUAUGAGGAUUUUAAUAAUAACUUUUAGAUGUUAAGUAUCAAUUUUGACGUAAGAACAAAAUGUUUUGUUGUGAACAAAUAGUUUAUGAAUAUUUAUACACUGUUACAAUUUACAAUUUAGUUUCUAUAAAGGGUCAGGAGUCAGGUGAAAGUGGAUUCUAUUUAAUGUGUAACAGAGAUCAUUUUACAAUGGCAUGUUGUCGCCAAUCGCUCUUAUCGUAGUCAAUUUGUUGAGUGAAGUGUAUGCGUGUCGUAUUUCGCUGUUGCUCGUUUCGUCACUUGGACCUAAAUAGACGUUAAGCCCCAUUGAGACGGUUCAGGAACUUGCAUGUAAUAUUCGAUACUUUGCUAACUACAGGGUACAGGCGCCAUCAGAUAUAUCGGAGCGGCCGAAGUGCUCGAAAAUAUCUGAACACGCACUCUACCGCCUUAACAAUAUGUAGAGGCGUGUUCAGAUAUUUGAGAUCAUCUCUUGUUUGAGAUUGAUCAAAUAUCGCAAAAAAGAAAACUGCGUGCAAGUUUUUGAACCGUCUGAACUCUAAAUGGGGCUUUAGGCGUGGGUUUCCCAUUGACGCUGUAUACAAAAAUACUUUAGAAAGAUAUUUAUUUAUUGCGUGCGGAUCAGCGGAUGACCAGCGCCUUACCACAGACAACUAAAUUACAAUAAACAAUUACGCCCGGCGUUAAACUAUUUUCUGGUUUACUAGAUUAACAAUCGAUGUACGGACAUUUCGUACCUUGUCACAGUGACAAUAGUAUGCGAGUUUCAUAUUAGUUGUCACUGUGACAAGGUACGAAAUGAUUCGGAAAUUAAAAUCUCUUACUGUGUACCCGUUGCGCCUCGCAGCGCCAUCUAGUUCAGCAAUCGCACAAAAAGAUAGUUUAUUUAUAAUACAUUUGACACUGUUAGUCCGUCGUUCAGAAUAAAUGCUGCCCUGCUAAGCUAAAUGGCGGUAUCUCAAAAACAAAUGAUCUUGAAAAUGGAACCUUUUUUUUUUCGAGAUACCGCUUAUCAGGACAGAAAGUUGUCUGUGGUCUUUAAAUCGAUGGCAGCUGCUCUAUAAAGGCUCCAAGUGACUCUAACCGACUUCAUUAAAUCUCUCGGUGUAUAUGUGCUCUUAUGGUCUAUGGUCUAUUCUAUAAUGUUUCUACUCACUCUUUUAAACUAAGUCCUAUUUGUAAGAUAUAACUAUUUCUAAGACACUACUAUGCCAGAGAUCAGUUCUACACUAUUGUAGUUUUCUACGUUGGAAGCAAAGACAAGUCAAUAAUAAAAACUAACAAUCUCUAUACAGUCGCAUCAUCACUGUUGUAGUAACGCUACACGCAUUUCGCUAUUACUUCUAAAGUAAGGGCGCUAAACAUUAAUUUCGUACAUACAUUGGGCCCGCUUGUUCCUAUCUCUAUCGCUCGUGCAUAAAACUAUAUAGGUCAGUCUUUUAAUUUCCUCAUAUUUAUUUAUUAUUUGGCUGAGAUAAGUAAUUCUAGGUUUCCCUUGUUCUCGUGCGAUAGAGAUAGGAAAUUGCGGGUCAAUUUACGAAAUUGCUCAUAUUUAGCGUCCUUACGUCUGAUGCCUUCAACAUAAGUUGUGUGCACAGCCAUAGAGAUAGUUAGAGUUUAUUAUAGUUUGUCUCUGGUAGGAGAGAACUAUAAGUAAGUAUAAGAGGCGCGGCCUCGUAACGUAACGGCCUAAAUCGACUUAACUUAGGUAAGGUUUAGUCAAUAGGGCUCGAGCGGACUUAUCACCUAACUGUACGUGUAUGACUCGACUCAAUUUAUGAUUCUUGAAAGAUAUAACUAUAUUUUUCACCUGGAGGAACUUAGGUCUUAGGUAGCUCAUCAGUUGGUUUUAUACUUGCCUGAUGAAAUCCAGAGUGCCGUUGCCUAGAACUUAAACUACCUACUCAAUGUUUUGAUUUUAUUGAGAACAUUUCAAACCAGUCACGAAAGGGACAUAAGAAAAAUAUUAUGUAUGUAUAUCUAAAUGAUAUGAUUCAGCUCGCAUAUAGAGUCGCACCAAAGAUACAUUGAGGGUAAGAUGCGUAAAAUCUAAGACAAUUUCUAUUUUUGAAUUUGACCAUGUACUACUGUACGGCUCCGUACAUUUCGGCGGUACCUCUGGUUAUUAACCGGUUGGUGGUUGACGACAGGUCCGGCUAGUGGGUAGUGACCCUGCCUGUGAAGCCGAUGGUCCUGGGUUCGAAUCCCGGUAAGGGCAUUUAUUUGUGUGAUGAGCACAGAUAUUUGUUCCUGAGUCUUGGGUGUUUUCUAUGUAUUUAAGUAUUUAUAUAUUAUAUAUAUCGUUGUUUGAGUACCCAUAACACAAGCCUCCUUGGGCUUACCGUGGGACUUAGUCAAUCUGUGUAAGAAUGUGCUAUAAUAUUUAAUUAUUUAUCUAAAGUUGACGUUUGACAAUGGGGUUGGCAACUUUCAAAGGUUUUUAUAGAUGGCCCCAGCAUAGGUUAUACCUGUCUAGUUUUAUUCUAUAUUCUACUCGAUCGAUUUGACACUACUUAUAGGAUUGACAGUAAAACCCAUGCUGGCGCCAUCUGUAAAAUACUUCGACCAACCUACCUCAUUCAGACGUAAAGCUAUAGCACAAUCUUCUGGCACGAUUUAUCUUAGAUUUUACACAGCUUAAUCAUGUCUUUGGGCCAAAUAUAAGAAAUGGGAAACAUUAUCAUGUCCUUUCGAACGCAAAUCAGUCUCAAACUGUGCCAACGGUUUUUGAAUUUUGAUUGGUCUCGAACACGUGAUAUAUAUUUAUAUAUUAAACUUAUUAAAGUAUAUUUUGGGAGUAUUUCCCGCGUAGUAAGUUACGGUUAGCGGGGUACGAAGGGACCUAAAUGUAAGUAUACGCGUCCGGUCUGGAUUGUUAUUCUAAUAUUGUUAUUUUAUUGGACAUAUUUUUUUCGUUUUACCCUCAAAAUCUAAAAACUUUUUAAUCUUUCUAAGUACAAACAAGUAAGUGUACUGUAGGUACAUGAUAGAAGUUUUAGGCCAAAUGAGGGUAUUUUAAUACUUUUUACUACACUUCUGCCCGCUGUCGCUUUACUCUAUCACAAAUCUAACUUGUGCUAUCUAUUCUAUUGCGAGUACUUGCGUAGUCAUUCCAACAACAUUUUUAUACUGUGAUUUUUUUAAUAUAUUUAACUUUUUAUUAUUUUUUAUACAAACAUUGCAAUGCAAGCUUCCAUUUUCUGUGAUCUUUUGUAAGUAAAUGUUUUGAUAAUUAAUUUAUAUAUUUUAGCAUGAUGCGUAAGAGUAUUUUAAACUUAACUUUACAACUCUCUUUUUGUUAUUCUUAUAAUAGGUAUACAUGAUACAUUUAAGUGUUGACAUUGCCGUAGUAAACUACGUUAUAAAUAUUUUAAUUCUUCCGAGUUAUUUCACUAUGAGCUUCAUGCCAGCACCAAACUUCGCUGUAUUUGGCAAAUAUUCGUGUUGCAUCCCUUAAUUUAAAAUGUUAAAAUUAGACAGUGUCCGAAUAGAUUUGCAUUUAAAAAAUCCUUACGUGAGUACUUUGCUGGCAGAACGAUGAAUUCUUAGUGUUUCUGUUUUGAAAGUUUCAUCUGAUAUCUUAUGUAUUUGUAUGUAUGUAUAUUGUAUGUAUUUAUAUGAAUAUUAUAUAUACAGAUAUAUGUAUGUAUGUCUAUGCCUAUCCAUUAUUUAACUAUACUUGUAUAUAUGUAAUCACUAUGUUGCACCGCCUACAAAUUAUCUGCUUUGCCCGAAGGUUGACUGGUAGAGAAUGCCUCAUAGCAUUAAGUCCGCCUUUUGUACGAUUGUAUUUUCUUUUGUGCAAUAAAGAUUAAAUAAAUAAAUAAAUAAUUUUGUUUUGUAUGUCAAAGGAAAGAGAUGCAACACGAAUAUUUGCUAAAUAAAGCGAAGUGUGGUGCCAGCAUUAGAUUACCUACUAUUGUAUUAUUGUUUUAGCAGAUUUAGAAACGACACAAUUGUACUCAUAUCGUACGUGACCGGUCCACCUUCCAGUUGAUACAUUUUAGUGCAAAUACAAUUGGACCAACCCUGGAUCGUAAGUUAGUUAUAGUGCGAUGUUUAAUGUUGUGUAAUUAAUUGGCGAAAUUAUUUAGUAAUAAGUUGUGUCGAAUUGUAUGUAAUGGUACCAGGGGGGCGAUUUUUGAAUUUCGAUCGCUCGUCUUCGUCACUCGAAACUCGAGUCGGUGGAAAACGUCGAAAUGCUAAUUUUCGAAAUACGAGCGAUAGAAAUUGGGAAUCUGGUGGUAUUGACUUCUCGUUUUCAAUUCUAUUAGUAGAAUUUAAAUGCCUAGUAGUGGAGAUAUUAUUGAACGAAAUACACGAAAUCGAACUGUCGAAAUAUAAAAAUCGGCCCCCAGGUUAUAAAUUAUAAUAUUUGUAAUAAUGAAAUGCGGAGGUGAGAACGCUAUGCUUUCGCGCGGAAUUCGCGCGAUUACCGUCAGGUUUCGUACGCGUUUCUAAUAUGGUUGCAUAAUACAUAUAUAAUCAAUGAAAACAGGUAUAUUUCUAUUGCAAUUGCGUGUGGAAAUGGCAACCUCAUUGCGAAAGGAUCCAAUGAGGGCUAUCGUUUUUUUGCUCACCAGUUGGCGCCUCUGUUGAUGGUGGUCCAAAAGACUAAAGAACAGCUGUCAGUCAUUGAAGUGACAAGUGACAUUUCGAACUAUGGAAAAGACCACCAUCUACACUAGCGCCCCUAGCGGCGAAUUCAUACGCGUUAGCCCUCAUUGACGGCGAUCAGUUGUGAUACGACUAAUGUACAAACUAUCAAAACUGACCUAGCUACGGCGGUCGGAUCGCCGCUAUCGCUACUACAGAGGGCCUACCGCCAACAUCGACAAUGGUAUCGGCCUCUCUAUCGCUCAAAUAAGCAAGAGCGAUAGAGAGGCAGGUAACGAUUUCACGAUAUUGGCGGUACAGAAAGGACGCUUAGCAUGACAAAUUUCGGACAUUUAUAUGCCUGUUCUUAUCUCUCUCGCACGCGCGUAAUUAUUUUGCUGCCCCGCCCAUGAUGCCGGCGGUCAGUGACACUGUGCGAGUGGGACGGCAAUAUAACUAUGCGCGUGCGAUAGAGAUAGAAACAGGCGGGUCAAUGUACUAAAUUCCUUGAUGGAAGCGUCCUUUCUUUAGGCGCUCAUUACCUUAUACCGCAGCGCCGAAAACUAGCCAAAAUAACGUGUCAAUUUAAGAUUAUCAUUCGAAUAGCUAUAGAUUUUUCAAUAUAAUCAUUUUUAAACUAGAAUAAAUCAUUCGUAAUUCUGAAGAGAUCUUCGCGAAAACAUAGUGACUAGACUAACAUAAUAACACGCAUAAUAUUUUAUAUUUUAAUGGUACUUACGUAUAAAUUAUUGCAAAUCGGUGAUUGUUAAAAAAAAGUGCUUUGUGCGUUGCCAUGAGGAAAAAUAUUAAUAAGUAAAUUAGAAUGGCUACAAAUUGCGAUAAAAACUUACUAAAGCCAGGUCACAAUGAUGCUCCAAUUCUCUUCGUAAAGAAACCUAGUGUUGCGGUUAAGAUUAACACUUAACACAGACAUUAUUUUAUUACAUUGUCCAGCAACAUUCUCAGUAAAUUGUUCAAUUUCAUUAAGCUGGAAAAGUUGCAUUCAUGCCUUACUUAUAAGGCAAGACCAAACGUGGAGUCUGGUAAAAAUGCUACAAGAUAUCAGAGACAAAAUAAUGGCUAUUAAAUCUUAAAGAUAUCCCAGGAAGGCCAGGAAUUAUAGUAACGAAAAUGCAACCGCAUUUAAUUGUUCACUCAAAAAGCUCACUAGACGGCGUUGCGCUUUUAUUUCUAUGACCUCAGUGUUGCCAUCUACACUCGCCAUCAGAUAUAUCGGAGCGGCUAAUAUGUUCAAAAAUAUCUACACAAAACCUUCAUUAUCAUGGCCUUAAAGUCCAUGUUCAGAUAUUUAAACAUAUUGGCCGUUUCGAUAUAUCUGAGCGUCUGUACAAUAAAAAUGAUGUGAGCGACUGAUUCGUCUUAAUUUUUAUAAAUUUACCUCCUUGUUUCCGAAGAUAUUGGGCAUCACUGCUUAGGUACAGUCGCCAUCAGAUAUAUCGGAGCGGCGAAGGUGCUUAAAAAUAUCUGAACACGCACUCUAACGCCUUGACAAUAGAGGCGUGUUCAGAUAUUUGUGAAAGCCUCGGCCGCUCCGAUAUAUCUGAUGGCGACUGUACAGUUACUAUAAGAUAUAUCAGAACGGCCGAGGCUCUAACGCCUUGACCAUAGAGGCGUGUUCAGAUAUUUGUGAGCGCUUUGGCCGCUUCAAUAUAUCUGAUGGCGACUGAGCAUUGACAAUUGUAGCGGUCGUACCUAGUGUCGCGCGGCGCACACGCACAGAGCGCCCCUCGAUGUUCUAGUUCUAGCUAAGCGGUUAUUUGUGAGAGCGAUUUACAAAUGUGUUACAUUACAUAUGAAAUAAUAAAUGCCGUUUUGGAUA